AUGAAGUCAGCUUUUAAGAAUGGAGAUGUAUGGGAUGAUGAACCCUUGGGGGUUGAGGGUGAUGAAGGGAGAUCUCAAGUCCCGAAAGUGACAAAGGAGUUUAAGAAUACUUUGAUUGGGAAUAAGGGGAAGUUGUCAGGGAAGGAUUUAAGAGAGAUCUUGGAUGUUGGGAAAAAGGACAGAGAGGGAGGUUGAUCAGGAGAGAAGAGAUCUUUGAAAUCAGGUUGUGCAAAUUCUCAGUUCAAGUUUAGACAUUUUGGGAAUUGUAAGCCAAAGUCUCAGAAGUAUGCUGCCGGCAUUAAAUCAGGGUUUUCUUCUCUAUCUCUAGCAAAGAAGCAUACUAGUGAUCUAAGAAGAGUUCCUUCAUGUGAUAUCCUGAAAAGCCUGAGGUCAUAGGAAAUCCUCAGUUUAAUUGGAGCAUAAUCCAAACUAACUGUCUUAAUUCUUC